GACUGGAGAUCUGCAAUAGAUAAAGCUUGGAGCAAGCUAGAGAGAGAGAGAGAGAGAGAGAGAGAGAGAGAAAGAGAGAAAGAGAGAAAGAGAGAAAGAGAAAGAGAAAUAUCCCUACAGUAGUUGAACAUGCAAGGUGUUAGGUGUUGAUGAUUGAAGAAUAAACACAGACAAUCUCCUCUAUUCAUCUGGCACCUUCAGAGCUGGCAGUUGCUGUGAAACAGGUUGCCACGGAAACAGCAGAGUCAGGAGCCUAGCAUCUGAUGUGAGGCCUGCAGAUUUUCUAGAUUGCUGUCUCACUCUUCACCCAUUUUAGCCGGAAUGGACAGGAGCCGCCUAGUCCUGUCUCAGCAACACCUAUGAACUGCAGAUCCAAUGGACAUUAAAGGCCAGUACUGGACCGAUGAGGAUUCCGAUGGAGACAAUGACUCGGAGUUCCUGUAUGGAAUCCAGGGGAGCUGUGCUGCAGACCUAUACAGACACCCCCAGCUGGACGCGGACAUCGAGGCCGUGAAGGAGAUCUACACUGACACCGCCCUCUCUGUCAGGGAGUAUGGAACCAUUGACGAUGUGGACAUCGACCUACAAAUUAACAUCAGUUUCCUGGAUGAGGAGGUGGCGACUGCAUGGAAGGUUAUUCGAACAGAACCAAUCGUUGUGCGCCUUCGUUUCUCUCUGUCUCAGUACCUCGAUGGACCGGAGCCAUCAGUGGAAGUGUUCCAGCCAUCCAACAAGGAGGGAUUCAGUCUGGGGCUGCAGCUGAAAAAGAUCCUGGGCAUGUUCACCUCUCAGCAGUGGAAGCACCUGAGCAAUGACUUCCUGAAGAGCCAGCAGGAGAAGAGGCACAGCUGGUUCAAGGCAGGGGGCACCAUCAAGAAGUUCAGAGCCGGACUCAGUAUAUUCUCCCCCAUCCCAAAGUCUCCCAGUUUCCCUCUCCUCCAGGACUCUGUGUUAAAGGGGAAGCUGGGUGUGCCGGAACUGCGUGUAACGAGACUCAUGAACCGUUCCAUCUCCUGUACCAUAAAGAACCCCAAGGGGGAGCUAUUCAGCUACCCUCCAAGCAGCCAGAGCGUGUCUGUUCCCGCUGCCAGGCCUCCCCUGCAGAUUACCACGAAGCAGCUGAUUGAAUUGUUUUUCUCAUCCCAGGCGGGCGGACACUGCAAGAACAUCCCCACCCUGGAGUACGGCUUCCUCGUGCAGAUUAUGAAGUAUGCAGAACAGCGCAUCCCCACUCUCAAUGAGUACUGCGUGGUGUGUGAUGAGCAGCAUGUCUUUCAGAAUGGAUCCAUGCUAAAGCCAGCGGUGUGCACCAGGGAGCUGUGCGUCUUCUCCUUCUACACGCUGGGGGUUAUGUCCGGAGCAGCCGAGGAAGUAGCCACUGGAGCAGAGGUAGUGGACCUGUUAGUUGCCAUGUGCAGAGCGGCGCUGGAGUCGCCCCGGAAGAGCAUCAUCUUUGAGCCCUACCCUUCUGUGGUCGACCCCAAUGACCCCAAGACCCUGGCCUUCAAUCCCAAGAAGAAGAACUAUGAGCGUCUGCAGAAGGCUCUGGACAGUGUGAUGUCUAUCCGGGAGAUGACACAGGGCUCGUAUUUGGAGAUUAAGAAACAGAUGGACAAGCUGGACCCCUUAGCCCACCCCCUGCUCCAGUGGAUCAUAUCAAGCAACAGAUCCCACAUCGUCAAGCUGCCACUGAGCAGGCAACUCAAGUUCAUGCACACCUCUCACCAGUUCCUGUUGCUAAGCAGCCCCCCCGCAAAGGAAGCUCGUUUCCGGACCGCCAAGAAGCUGUAUGGUAGCACCUUCGCCUUCCAUGGUUCCCAUAUUGAGAACUGGCACUCCAUUCUGAGAAAUGGACUAGUCAAUGCGUCUUAUACCAAACUGCAGCUGCACGGGGCAGCGUACGGGAAGGGCAUCUAUCUCAGCCCCAUCUCCAGUAUAUCAUUUGGAUACUCAGGGAUGGGGAAGGGGCAGCACCGCAUGCCCUCGAAAGACGAGCUGGUUCAGCGCUACAACAGGAUGAACACCAUCCCACAGAGUCGCCCGAUCCAGUCCAGAUUCCUGCAGAGUCGCAAUUUGAACUGUAUAGCGCUUUGUGAAGUAAUAACGUCAAAAGACCUGCAGAAGCACGGGAAUAUUUGGGUGUGCCCCGUGUCAGACCAUGUCUGCACAAGAUUCUUCUUUGUAUAUGAAGAUGGCCAAGUGGGAGAUGCCAAUAUCAACACUCAGGAGCCUAAAAUCCAGAAGGAGAUAAUGCGUGUGAUAGGGACUCAUGUCUACUCCAGCUGAGGGAGGGACGGGAGAUGAGGCAGGGAGAGGGCAGCUACUGGACUGAGGAAACAAGAACAUGACCAGCUUCACUUCCCCGGGCUCAGCAUUGUGAUCAGCUCCACUCCCAGCCCAGCUCAGCACUGUGAUCAGCUCCCCCAGGCUCAGCAUUGUGAUCAGCUCCACUCCCAGCCCAGCUCAGCACUGUGAUCAGCUCCACUCCCAGACCAGCUCAACAUUGUGAACAGCACCACUCCCCCAGGCUCAGCAUUGUGAACAGCUCCACUCCCAGCCCUGCUCAGCGUUAUGAUCAAUCAUCUCCACUCCCCCAGGCUCAGCAUUGUGAUCAGCUCCACUCCCAGCCUAGCUCAACAUUGUGAACAGCUCCAGUCCCCCAGACUCAGCAUUGUGAUCAGCUCCACUCCCAGCCUGGGCUCAGCAUUGUGAUCAGCUUCACUCCCAGCCCUGCUCAGCGUUAUGAUCAAUCAUCUCCACUCCCCCAGGCUCAGCAUUGUGAUCAGCUCCACUCCCAGCCCAGCUCAGCAUUAUGAUCAGCUCCACUCCCCCAGGCUCAGCAUUGUGAUCAGAUCCACUCCCAGCCCAGCUCAGCAUUGUGAUCAGGUCCACUCCCAGACCAGCUCAGCAUUGUGAUCACCUCCACUCCCAGACCAGCUCAGCAUUGUGAACAGCUCCACACUAGUGAAGCGCCACUUUUCACUAACCUUGGAUCGGUUUCAGACAGCAGGGUCUGCAUAUCCCUUUUACUUAUAGUAAUCUAGCCGGGGUUUCCCCAAAAUUAACUACAAAAUACAAUGUUCUGAAAAGAUGUCUUCAAUGGGGCAGGUUUGCAAGUUUUAUGGCAGCAGUGUUGAGAUCUGCUUCUGUUUAGUCAUUGAAGACAAUUGUCAUCUCAUACUGAUUCAAAUUACAUGGCAAUCAAUCACAAAGAGUAUUGUAGUAACUGGAAAGAAAUUGCUUUAAAGUAAAAAUAUUUUUUUACUGAUUUUUGCAAUUGAUCUGAGUAGUUUUUUCUUUUAUUAUUUUAUUGCCAGAGUAUGGUGCGUUAAGUUUUUUUUUAUUUUUAAUUGCCUGCUUGGAAUCCAUAUUCUGGUUAGUGAUGGCUACAAGCAGACAUGUCUAAAGUAUUACUCCAAUAAAUACAGCCGUGCUGGGACAUAUUUUAAAAUAUUCAAACAAACACUACUUGAAAUAGCAAAAAUCACCUUGUCUGUAUUCUUAUUACAAAAUUUAUAAAUAUUUGUAUUAUACAUGUCAUUUCAUUAACAGGUCAUUUAAUUGGGUACUUUACUCCUGAGAGAUUUAUACUUUCAAUUUCCAGCUAAUGGAAAAUUAAAGAAAGUCUGAUUAUUCAUUUAAACUCAUGUUCGUCCUAGAACUAAAAUCCAGGAGCUCUAAUGGUAGCCACAGGACAGUUUCUAACGUCGUAUUUAAAGAGAUUGGCAGUAUAGCUGCAGUGCAGCACUACAUUAUGGCACUUUUUCAACCUGUAUUUUCAAGUUAAAGAAGGUGCAGAUGUUAAGUACAUUCUGUUGCACUUUUGCAUUCCCAGACCAAGCAAGAACCUACUAACUUGAUGACCCAUAAAUAAAAUAUCCCCAACAGCUCUCCAGAAUGCAUCCUUUGCAAAGAUGUCUACUUUUCCAGUGGAAAUGCGGAAUAUAUUUCUGUAUUUGUUCUCCUGUAUAUAAAUACAAACACAGCUCUUUUAAAGAAGGAGUAGAGGGUAUUGUCAGAGUCUCUACCUGAAUUCCAGUCUGCCUUCACUAGAAUCGAAAAGAAAUGUUCUCUGCACUAACAAGGAAGUGCAGUCUGAACAGCAUUCAGUUCUGCCUGUGCUAAACAGCUCUUAAAAACCUUGGUUCCUAUCAAUAGCAACAUUGCAAGUGUCCUGUGGGGACCUAUUACCGUUAACACAGGAGGGAAGUGAGUCAGUGUCAUGCUAGCCUUGCACCCAGUCUUGGCUUUCAGAACGUCUUUGUUCAGGUAUAUUGUUGAAAUGACCAGGUGCCAUGAGUUUGAACAGUUAGGUCCCUGGUAAAUCUACUCAUCGCAGCAUUAAUAAGUCACACCUGAGUCUGUAUGUUUACUACAUGAGUUGUUCAUGCAGCUGUCAGGGAGGAACAACUGCUCCUAAUCACUUAUGUAAUAUACUUUAUUGACAGCAGUUCUAAAACUCAGGACAAGCACCACUGCAUUCCCUCCUUACUGGAGCUGCACCUUCAUAGGCACUUAGUCACACAACUUCCAGGGCAAGAUCCUCUUCUAACUGAGAGUGUAACUCUGGAGGACUGGACUGGUUUCCCCUGGCUGUUCCCAAUAGCACACAGCCUGGCCCCCUCCUCCCCUGCCUGUUUCGAUGUUGUGAGCUUGUACUGUGAAUUAUUUUGUCCGAUGGUGACCUGUACAGUAUUUAUGUAUUUAUAAUCAACUUCUUUAGUCGUUGUCUGUGGUGUGUGUGUGA